AUGAAAGACAAUUUAAUCAGUCCUUUACUUUCAUCGUUAGAUGACAACCCUUCUAUGGAAGAAAGAGAUAUUUUAGACUCAUUCAUCAAUACUCACACUGAUAAAUACACCUUUCCUCCUGUAUACGCUGGACUAUUAGCUAAAAUUUUUACAGCCCGGCUAUCAAUUGAGCAAUUCGUGCUAAAUAAUGAUUUUUAUUCCUAUGUGCUUAAAAUUUUGCAGACUCUCCGCAUUCUAACUCGAGACCCUUCUCUCCUUCCAGUCAUUUUUGAAAUACAAGGGACUGAAAUUCUUGGCCGAAUGCUGAAAAAUUACGCAACUCAACAUUUUUCAAACCUCCACGCAAAGCAUCUUAUUACCUCAUUAGCUAGCGAGCAGACCAUUUUUUUUAAUAUAAUUUUUUUUUACUAAUAAUUUGAUAUAUAAUUAAUAAUUAUAAUAAUGAGAUCUCCAGCUAAUUAUAUUAAAUUUUAAAUAGCUUGCAUCUUUAAGCAUAAUAUACAUUAAAAUGGCGACGGCAAACCAGCUCUUUUUCUCAACACCCGCAGCCGGCGUUCGCUGGAGACCAUGUGGAAGGGAAAUAGGCACUCGGUAUGUGUAUCCGGCUAGGUUUUUUCCUUGGCACAGUAGAGCGCAACGUCGAAUUAGGUCGACGGCAGCUCAUUCUGAUACCAGGGCUUUUUGCCUCAGGGGAAAUGAUUUUCAAGGUUGGAAAGGGGAUGCUCAGCAGCACCAAGGAUGCAUACUUGGUCCGUCGGGCAACUCCCUAGCGUUAAACUGGGCGUUACGUCCCAGGCUUUGGGGUUUUCAUUUUGGCCGACAGUCAUACCAGAAAAUUUGUUUUUCGAAUUUUCGGAAUGGGCAACCUAUGUUGACGUACUUCUGGGUGGUGUAACUCAUCCAAAUACGGAUAGCGAGUGCACAUCCUCGUCUAGUAGGAGCGACACCUUGAAGGUCGUGAUCGAUUGGUGGUGAGCAACCGGUUGAAGCGUCAAGGAUGAAGGUAGACCGGGGAAACCCUGGGUAUUACGACGGGCCUCUUAAUAAUAUAGUUAAUGCUACUGUUAUUGCAUCUUUAAACAUAAAUUUUAUUGAUUUUUUUCCAAAUUUUAACUUAAACAAAAUUUACCUCCUUAGCUUAUAGAAAAUUUUGUUUACUAGUUAAGUGAGAUUAGUGAAAUGCUAGUCGAACUAGCCACUAUUAUUAGAAGGAUGGCCGAAAAUGAUCAAUUAAUCAAACAGUUAUUAUCCUAUAUUUAAAUAAAUACACAUUCAUAUCUAUUUAGGCAGCAUUUUUAUUUUUAAAAAAAUUAUAAAGCAAUUAAUAUAAUAAAAAAAUAAAAUUUGAAAUCCCAGAAGUUUUGACUUUAAUGCUAGGCAGCUCACAUGCAAUUGUAGCAAGAGGGACACUUGAAGCCUUAAUUGCGCUUUCCAAAGAGUAAAAUUAAGUAGGCCAAGAGAUGCGAGAAGUUUUAGAAAAAACCUCAAUCGUCGAGCUCCUAUUAAGAAUAAUCAGCGAAUACGAAGGAGAAUUUAUCCAAUUAGCCUCCAAUUUGCUUAAUGUUAUGUGCCAUAAAGAAGAAAUGUCACGCCAAGUCCGUUUGCAGCGAGGAAAUCUAAUAAUGAUGAAGUAACAGUUAUAUAGUGCUUUUCAAAAAAGUAAAGAUUUAGCAUCAAAACUGUAUUUAUCAAGAGUUAUUUUAACACUUUGUAUGGACACUGAAAAUGUCAGAGAAUAUAAAAAUCUUGGGCUUAUAAGUUUGCUGCUUAAAGUUAUAGGGAGCUCUGACCCCCUCCUAUUUAAAUUGGAAAAAAUCUUUUCCAAUUUAAGAGUUUUUGUUUAAAAAAUAUCAAUCAAUUUUAGAUCUUAAUUUAUUUUAUAAGCAAAAAAUUAAUUGAUUCUGUGUGAAAACUCUUUAAAUAAUAUUCCACUUGCAUUUUUUCCAUUUAAUUAAGCCAAAAAUAAUUUUUUGCUCCAAUUUAAAGGGGGUUAAAAAACCAAAAAAAUGCAAAUUUUACCUUUUUUCAAAUUUAAAGGAGGGAGUGAGCACCCUUUAGAGGUUAUAAAUGCCUUAAAAUUAAUCACCGAAAUGACUCUUGACGAUGAAACUGCGGUCUAUAUCAGAACACAAGGCGCCCAUUUGAUUUCUUACUGCUUAAUACAGUAUCAUCCUCUUAAUUACCCUGAAGGUCUAUCUGACGAAAUCAAGCCUGGCUUAUACGAAAUCCAGCUAAAUGCUUUACAAUGCAUAAGGUUCCUCUACUCAAUUGAAAGAAACCGCAAAUAUUUUAGAAGAAUUUUCCCGCCUCACAUUUUUGCCAGCUUUAUUGAUGUAGGGAAUUAUAUAAAAGACAUCACCGCCUAUCAAGGGACAUUAAAAAUCAUAAACUCAAUCUCCCAAAGUGAGCUAGAAACCAUUGAAAAAGGCAUCCAAGAAAUGAAAGAAACCCAAGACCCAGCCCAAGGGCGAGAAAUCGGAGGCUAUGUCAUAGGCGAAUUAAUCGGAAAAGGCGCUUUUGGUACCGUUUUUGAAGCAACCAAAGGCGGCAAUCGCUAUGCCCUCAAAGAAAUCCCUCUCCAGGACUUUGAAAACGAUUUUGAAGAAGAAAGCAUCGAUAAACUUGCAGAAAAACUCAGCAAAGAAGUCGCAAUUUAUAAGAACUUGAACCAUCCAAAUAUUAUACAAUAUUUCACAUCUUUUGUAGCCAAUGAAAACUUGUAUAUUGUUAUGGAACUAAUUGAAGGCCAGCCCUUGUCAGAUUUUAUUACAAGUGUAAAAGAAAAAGGACAAAGGCUGGUAGAAGGACAAAUUUGAAGGAUUUUUAUUGAAAUGUGUGCAGGGCUCAGGUAUUUGCAUUUAGAUAAAAGAGUGGUUCAUAGGGAUUUUACACCAGCCAAUAUUAUGAUAACAAGAGAUAAUCAUGUGAAAAUUGCAGAUUUUGGGCUUGCGAAACAGAGGGGAGGACAUUCAAGUGGCCAUAUGAAUGCUUUUGUUGGGACAAUCCAAUACUCAUGUCCUGAAAUUGUCAGGUCGCAGCCAUAUACAGAAAAGGCUGAUAUUUGGUCUUUAGGAGUCAUUUUAUAUGAGCUUGCUACGUUAUCUCACUCCCCCCCCCUCCGUGAGUGAACAAAAUUUUUUUGUUCACUCACGGAGGGGGGUUAAUUUUUUUUUUUUAAAAAAAUUUAUAUAUAAAUUUUAUAAAAAAUAUUUUUUUUCGAAAUUUAAAAAAAAUCCUAAUUCGCAAAAAUUGGAAAGCAAAUGUUAAUUUAAUUUAUAAAAUUUAUGUUUUAAAAAGCAAUUCGUUUAAAAUUAAACAGAAUUAGUUUUAGAUUUCAUUCUACUAAUUAUCAUUUAUAUAUCAAAUUUUUUUUUCCAUAAAAAAUUUUUCUAUUAAACAAAUUUUUGUUCACUCACGGAGGGUGGUUUUUGGGGCAAAAAAUGGCGAUUUUUCUAAUGGUUUUGUUCACUCACGGAGGGGGGGGGGAGUCAGCCUUUUUCAGGAGAAAACCCAUUAGCAAUAGCUAGAAAAAUAGUAGAAGAAGACUAUACCCCGAUUACAGCGAAAGACCUAUCCCCACUUCUGAUAAAUGUCAUUAAAAAAUGCAUGACUGUAAACCCUGACCAGCGUCCUGAUAUCUUACACAUAUCACAAAUUAUCGGCCCAGUCCUGAUGUUACAAGUAGAUGAGCUUAAAACCACUGAAAUGCAGCUGAGGGAAACCAUAAAAAAUUCUGCGCCAAAGUCAUCAGCAGACAUCCCAGUUGUCCAUAUAAAGUCAGCAAAUUUAAAAAAAGUAAAAGACCCAGUCCAGCCCUUGUUUCAGACUCUGCAUAAGUUAAUUUAUAUAACUCAGCUACCUCCAGGGCUGCAGAGAGAUCCUAGAAGGUCUAUGUUGGAGUCUUUUAAGCAUUGGCUAUUUAGUGAGCCAAGCUUUGCAAAUACUUUGAAAGAAGAGCUGGGGAAGCUGCAUAAUUGUUCGAAAGAUGAGGUCCCGAUACUUCAUAAAGAAAGGGUGACGUAUGAAACUUUGAAUUUUACCAUUGAAGAGCUGCUGAUUGAGAAGGGGUAUUAUGAGAACCAAGAGCCAGCGACUGCUGAGAUUAUUAGUUCUUCGAUACAGUCUCCUCAAGUUAAGAAAACCAAGUCUUCUUAUUAA